UGAAUGAAGAAGAAAAACUGCUGCCAUAGCCAUACCGAUUCAAGCUACUGGAAAAUUGGACCCAAAUUCCUACUCAGUUACGGCUUCUUUGCGGGUAAAUCGGAGGUUUCCCCGCGCGCUUGUGUGUCCCAACCCCAGCAAUCGUCUUCGUCUUCGUCUUUCUUGUAAUCCUCACACAUCACACAUUCCAACCCUGUCCCAGCCCCCAAACCAACACACCCAGUUUGUGAUUUGGUGUUCCGGUUUUAAUCGCCCGAUACAGAUCCGAAAUCCUUCAAGUGUAAUUGUCAGGGACUGAAGAAACUGUAUUUGAGACGACCACACUUGUAGCAAAAUCUCUUUGUUGCUUCUUUACAAUAUAUGUAAAUUGAUUGAUGCUUUCUAGCUCGGGAAACAUGCACAGAGUGCGUUGGACAAUAUCUCAACUUUGUAGGAAGCUCCAUACUAAGUCCCAUGAUGGUCCAAGUGAUACCUUGAAGAGGAAGGUUUCUGAGCUAGAAAAGAAGAAGAGGCGAAAAAAUCCCAAGAAAAACCAACUAUUUGUAGAUGUUCCCGAAUCAAAAUCUUUCCUUGAUACAGCAACCAUGCCGAUGAUACUCAUUGCUGUUGGAACUGCCAUCUUUGCCAAACUUCUAAUGAUGCAUGGUGAGUCAACAAAGCAGGAAAGGAUUGAACAAAAGAUAAAGAAUGCCCCUCCCGGUCAAGGAACAAUUAGGAUGCUCAGUCGGGAGGAGUGGGAUGCAAUCCAAGAACUGCGGCCAAGAACCCCCUUUGAAUCUAAGCUUGCUCGUCCAAAUGCAAGAAUAAGGACGGGUGAACCAUUGCACAUGGAAGAUGUAAAGGAUUGGACUCUAGACGUGUUCACAGAUGCCCUCACACGGGCCGAAGAAACUGCCAAGCGCAGAACCUAUUAAAUGCAGAUUGCAUAACAUAAAGCUGCAGCCUGCCUCGCUAAUAGCUGAUGAGGAAAUGGCCUGCACACAAUUCCAAGUACAAACUGGACUGCUCAAUCGGCAUUUACAAGUUCCUUAGCAUUCCAAUUCAUCAUCAUAUUGCCCGUAAACAGAAUAACUUAGAUUGCCCAGCAUUCAGCGGAGUAUCGAUCAUACUUCUCACGGAUUCACUACUUUGGCGCGAUGGGAGUGUGCUCCAAAUAUCUCAGCAGGGGGAUCAGCAAAUUUGUUAAUUCUUGAUCCAAUUUCUUCUUGGAUUGACUUCUGUUGCUACUCAACAUUUCAUCCAUUGCAUCCUAAAUGUUUGAAAAUCAAGAGUGGCCCAUUUUGUAUUAUUUUUACUACAUUUGUCAUUCUGGAAGAAGAGUAGAAAGUAGUAUCUUCUAGACGAGAAUUUAUGGCAACUUUAUUAAUUGUUGAUCCAAUUAAAGUCGUAUGGAGUUGUGUGCCCU